GACCUUGGAGUUUUCAGACUGACUUUUGACCAAUGAGAACGGUCAAAAUCAGGAGUUUCUCUUUUAAAUAACAUAAGAAUCAAAUGUUUAUGUUUAAAAGUUUUCUAAAGGGGCGUCAACCCUUGGUUGCUUUAUUUCUUGAAGUCUGGGAUUUUUUCACACAACCGUUUGGAAUAGUCGCUGAAAUGACCAACUGAGACAAUUGUUUCGACAAACCUUAAAUCUUAGCGAUUUAUAAUCCGAAUGUCUGAAAUUGCAACGCAUCGAACGCCAAUCAGCAUUUUACAAGAAGUGUGCGUAAAGAAAGGAAUAACUCCGAUCUACGAACUUGUGUCAAGUGAAGGACCGAUCCAUGAGCCACUUUAUGUAUUUUUGUGCACAGCCGGUCCAUUCAGUGCCACUUCUAAAGGUAACUGGUUUACUUAGCCGUUCAGUUUUCCAAUCAGGAGCGAGUAAGAAGAGAGCCAAACAUCAAGCAUCAUAUUUAAUUUUGCUAAAGAUGCUGAACAGCAGGCUUUUGACAGAGUCGGAAAAACAUACUCUGCGGGAUAUACAUAUUGCCGCGGUCAACGUUCUAGGAUCUGACUUUAUGGACUCACUUGAUGAUAUAGAACUGGAUGGCCUACCAAAUAAAAUAAAACAGGAAGAGGAAGGUAACUUUGUUGGACAGCUACAAGAUUUGUGUCAGAAAAAUACCUGGCCACCGCCAUCCUAUGAAUUCUUAACCAUACCGCAGUCUACCCCAUCGGGUAAUGAAUACAGUUGCAAAGUCAGGUUGUGGAAAUGGACUCAUACAGGAUUUGGAAACUCCAAAAAAUCUGCAAAGCGACGCGCAGCCCUAGGACUUUUAGAUAAUAUUAUCAAAAAUAAUCUGACUAUACCUCAAGAGGCUUUGGAUGAUAUGGAAGAAGAAACCCUUUCUUUACUUGACAAACAGGACCAGUCUGAUCUGAAGGAAAAUAAAUUAGAAAAUGAGGCAACUGCUCGUAUUUCUUCCAAAGCUCUUCGUGGUUUAUGGAAUAGAAAAGGUGGUAAAAUACGUGUUCCACCCAUAGAUAACCCUGAUAAGGUGGAUAACGCAUGUGAAUAUCUCCAGGAGAUUUGUGAUUGUGCAAAAAUUACUGUUGUAUAUACAUACGUUCCUGCAAACAGUCAGGGGAUGAUCUGCUGCUUUGCGGAACUUUCCACUCUACCACCACAUGUAAUCAAAAGUCAAUUGUCCCCAAACCUGGCAAGUGCACGUAAAGAUGCUGCUCGCAGAUGUAUACUAUUUCUAAAGGCUAUGUCAUCUACAACACCUUGUCUUAACUACAGUGAAUGGUUUUCUGCUUCUCCUGAUAAUUAUUUGAAAUAGAUUUAAGUAAUUAAUUCUAUAUAUAUGUACAUACAUUUG